GGCUGACCGGCCACGGCAGCAAAAGUUGGCGACGAAGCAGCGGAAGCCCGAAUUCCCCGAUUCCCCCGCCUUCCCCGAUUCCCCCGCCGCGAACCCUAACCCUAGUCCGCGCGCCUCCAAUGGACGAGGACGCCGGCGGCGCCUCGCCGCCGCCGGUGCCACUGGCUCAGGCGCCCCCUCCUCAGCAUCCCAUCGCCGUCGCCGCCGCCGCCACCGCCACCGCCGCGGCCCCCUCGCAGCGGGACAUGGCGGCGUCCCCCACCAGCUCGCGCUCCGUGACGGAGACGGUGAACGGCUCCCACCGGUUCGUGAUCCAGGGCUACUCGCUCGCGAAGGGCAUGGGCGUGGGCAAGCACAUCGCCAGCGAGACCUUCACCGUGGGCGGCUACCAGUGGGCGGUCUACUUCUACCCCGACGGGAAGAACCCCGAGGACAACUCCGUCUACGUCUCCGUCUUCAUCGCCCUCGCCUCCGAUGGCACCGACGUCCGCGCUCUCUUCGAGCUCACGCUCCUUGACCAGAGCGGCAAGGGCAAGCACAAGGUCCACUCCCACUUCGACCGCUCCCUGGAGUCCGGGCCGUAUACGCUCAAGUACCGCGGAUCCAUGUGGGGUUACAAGCGAUUCUUUCGGCGAACUGCCCUUGAAGCAUCAGAUUUUCUCAAAGAUGAUUGUCUGAAGAUAAAUUGCACUGUGGGAGUUGUUGUGUCAACUAUUGAUUACUCCAGACCACACUCUAUCCAUGUUCCAGACUCAGACAUCGGCUAUGAUUUUGGUUCACUGUUGGACAGUCAGGAGGGUGUUGAUGUCAUUCUUAAUGUGGGAGGAGAGAGGUUUCAUGCCCAUAAGUUGGUGUUGGCUGCACGGUCUCAUGUAUUCAGAUCUCAACUUUUUGAUGAUGAAUCUGAUGGAGAGAAGAGUGAGGUUAAUGAGACUGAUGAACUAAAAGAGUUCUCUAUUGAUGAUAUGGAGCCAACGGUUUUCAAGGCAAUGCUUCACUUCAUCUAUAGAGAUACCCUUGUUGAUGAUAAUGAGUUGGGUGCGUCAAGCUCUGAUGGUUCUAUCUUUGAUACUCUGGCAGCUAAGCUGUUGGCUGCAGCCGACAAGUAUCACUUACCAAGGCUAAGAUUGCUAUGCGAGUCUUACCUGUGCAAGGGCAUAUCAGUGGCCUCAGUUGCGAGUACACUAGCAUUGGCUGAUAGGCACCGAGCCAUGGAGCUUAAAGCUGUUUGCCUAAAAUUUUCUGCAGAAAAUCUUUCAGCUGUAAUGCGGACUGAUGGUUUCAUUUACCUCAAGGACAACUGCCCAUCUCUCCAGUCAGAGAUACUGAAAACUGUUGCAGGGUGCGAGGACCAGUGCAGCAGCGUUGGGAAGAGCCAGAGCGUUUGCGGGCAGCUCUCGGACGGUGGCGAUUCCAGUGUCCGCAGGGUCAGGCAAAGAACCUGAGGUCAAUCAACCCAGAACUGACAUGGUUAGCCAGCUCUGUAAAUGACGAUGGCAAUUCGUCUGUAACUCUGUAUGUGAAGAAAAACAAUUUUAAAGGAGCUGUAACUAGCUGUAUCUCAUCAUGCUCCUUACAUCUUACCAGCCAUGUUGUUUAUAACUAGUUGACUGUUUGGUCAUGAACAGUUACUGAAUCGAUGUGUAGACAGCCCUGCAAAAGCUCACGAGUCACAAUAAACAUGGUGGUCUUGUGUCUUGGCAACUGGCGUGUGCAGCAGGCCAGCAGCUGUCUGCUACUAACCCGUUGAUUUGGUUGUAUUCUUCUCUCGACUGGAAGGUAUGUCAGAAGUCAAUUAGGAUGUGAUUCUUAGAUGUAGUCAGUUUUGCUGCAAAGAUGGUGGUGACAAUUAUUUCUGUGUUGGCAAGUACAUGGAUUUUACAUUUCUGUUGAGGUGGUUCUUGGAGUCAUUUUGCUGGAAUGGUGGUGGUGACAAUGUUUUGUGGUCUGUUGGCAAGUAUAUGGAUUCUA